CGAGGAGGCGGGCGGCGGGGCGGGGCCUGGAGAGCCUGGUCGCCCCCCUCCCCACGUCGCCUCUGCUGCGCUGAGGGGCCUCCGGCGGCGACUAGCGCAAUAGGACGGCGGAGCUCGCCUGGCUGAGGAAGCCGGCGCCAAAGCUCGACAUCUUGGUCGCGACCCAAGUUCGUAGCCGGGGCUCCCGGGGCUCCGGAGCGCUCUCCCUCCCCGGCUCCCUCGCCUCUCGCCUGGGCGGCGCUUGCCCUUCGCCCCCGUCGCCCGCUGGCGGCUCGCCCCAAGCUGACACACGCCGAGCAGAUGUGAGCGAGCCUGGCCAGAGCCCCGCAGCCUCUCCGCAACAGCCAGCUCGUUAGCAACAGUGUCCCGCCAGGUCCCAGCGGGAGAAAUAUGUGGCAGCCGGCAAGCGAGAGACUGCAGCACUUUCAGACCAUGUUGAAGACUAAGCUAAAUGUCUUAACCCUUCGGAAGGAACCUCUCCCCACAGUGAUCUUCCAUGAGCCAGAAGCCAUUGAGCUGUGCACCACAACUCCAUUAAUGAAAACCCGGUCACAUGCUGGAUGCAAGGUUACAUAUUUGGGAAAAGUUUCCACAACAGGGAUGCAGUUUUUGUCAGGUUGCACGGAGAAACCAGUCAUUGAGUUGUGGAAGAAGCACACGCUUGCCAGAGAGGACAUCUUCUCAGCUAAUGCCCUUCUGGAAAUCCGCCCCUUCCAAGUUUGGCUUCAUCAUCUGGACCUCAAAGGAGAGGCCACUGUCCACAUGGAUACCUUUCAAGUUGCACGUAUUGCUUACUGCACUGCCGACCACAAUGUCAGCCCAAACAUUUUUGCUUGGGUUUAUCGGGAGAUCAACGAUGAUUUGUCCUACCAAAUGGACUGCCAUGCCGUAGAGUGUGAGAGCAAGUUAGAGGCCAAGAAGUUGGCUCAUGCCAUGAUGGAGGCCUUUAAGAAGACUUUCCAUAGCAUGAAGAGCGAUGGACGGAUCCACAGGAAUAGCUCAUCUGAAGAAAUGUCUCAAGAAUUGGAAUCUGACGAUGGCUGACUUGAACUCAUUACUGGUUAAGCAAAAGCAGAAAAUGGCCCUGGGAAUAGAAGCAUAUAGAUGAAUAAGCAACAGUUCAAUGUGGAAGUGAUGGGGCGCCCAACAUGUGACUGAUCAGCUUUUCAAAAUAAAGAAGCAAUUCAGUAAAUUCCCUAAAAUAUAUGCAUCUUUAUAGUAACUGCACCACAUUGAAAUCUGCUGCUGCUGUUUAAAAAUGUGACAAAACAUUUUUACUUGUGUUUCCAUUUUACCUUCAACCACAGCUUCCAGCCCCAUUUUGGCCCUCACAGUUCAGGCUCGUCUCAUAAAGAUAAUAAAUUAUUUCAGUUUGCUUGUUGAAACAAGUGAACAAUUCUCAUGAUAGAAUCCUCUAGGAUUUGUUGCUAGAGUCUUAAUACAGUUGCAAAUGGGAUCCAUUUCUAGAGAAGAAAAUACAAUUUGGUGGCCUACUGCUAAUCCUGUUGACCGUCUCCAGAUUGAAGUAGCUACCUGCCGUCUUUUAGAUUAACAGCCUGAAAAUCUACAUAAACUCACAUUUCACAGUUUGAAUAUUCAGAGAUGCUUAUAUUUACACACUAUAAUCAUAUGCUAUAUUUUAUUUUAUUUAUUUUACCUUUUUAAUGUACCUGCAGCCACUCAUUUUCCACUUUAGCCCUAUAGUUUUUAAAUACAAACUUGCAGGGAUACCAGAAGGCAGGUUGGGGAGCUGGGGGACCUGAUUGUGAACUGUUUUUGAAUGCCUGGGACGAUCGAACCACUGCUGAAGAUUGUGAGAGAUUGUAAUUUGGUAAUUAAUGAUAAACUUUGGUAAUUAAGCAGUAUAUAAAUAGCUUCAAAUUAAAGAUCCUGGAUAGUUAAUAGUUAAGCUGCCUCACAUGCUUUCCCUCAGUUCUGGCAUGGUAUGAGACCCUUAGUUCCACAGCAGUCUUGCCACCAGCUAUGUCCAUAUUGCCCCCACUUCCUUGGGUAUCAUUUCUUAUGUCCAGUUUGAUCACAGGGUGUCUUACAGUGGAAAGGGAUCAGGUUUGGAAGCAGAUUAUAUGUUGUGAUUCAAAACCUCAUACUAAUAUUUCCAGAACCCUUUUCUGGUCACAGAUGAAAGGGUUCAUAACUUGAGAAAGUUGUUUAUUUGUUUCUUUUUUUAAAAAAAAUAAUGUUCAAAGGCCAAGUGCUGAUUAAUAGGUUGCAGAUAACGCUGCUCCUUUAUACAUAUAGUCUUGUUCAUAAAUCGUGGUAAUGUUAGGGGCACGAGGGCACCUUACAGAAGCCUUAAAAGAAAGCUAAUCAAAGCAGAUAGCUCUAGCGGUCUGUUCCAUUGUGUGUGAAUAUGUAUACUUUGUAUGUUUGUGUGAGUGUGUGUAUGUGUGUCUGCGUGUGCGAUCAGUGUCACAGCAUGUAGAUUGAUCAUGGGAACAUACUGAGGAGGACUUGCACCUCUUGAAAAUAAUAUGCUUAUUGCUUUCCAAUGUAUGUAAACAAUUCUGCAAUGUAAAGGCAUUCAUACUUUAAUAAAAAAAAAGGUUUGAAUCAAAGAGAAAUAAUUUCAGGCUCUUUGAUUUUAUGUGUA